AUGCCGCGCUCUUUCCUCGUCAGGAAGUCUGCGGGCUCCCGCCGGAGACCCAAUUACAGUGAGCUGCACGACUCUUCUCCAGAGCUCACUUUCCAGCAGCCCUACGACCAGGCCCACCUGCUGGCAGCCAUCCCACCGCCCGAGGUCCUCAAUCCCACCGCCUCCUUGCCGACACUCAUCUGGGACUCUCUCUUGGCGCCCCAAGCCCAGCCCAUCAGCUGGGCUUCUCUCCUGCCCCAGGAGAUCCCCAAGGCUGGCGAGCUGACCUCCCUGUCCGACGAGGACAGCGGGAAAGGCUCCCAGCCCCCCAGCCCACCCUCGCCGGCCCCUUCGUCCUUCUCGUCCACUUCAGCCUCCUCCUUGGAGGCUGAGGGCUAUGCUGCCUUUCCAGGCUUGGGCCAGUUGCCCAAGCAGCUGACCGGGCUCUCCGUGGCCAAGGACCCCCAGUCUCGCAAGGCCUUCAACUGCAAAUACUGCAACAAGGAGUACGUCAGCCUGGGUGCCCUCAAGAUGCACAUCCGGAGCCACACGCUGCCCUGCGUCUGUAGCACCUGCGGGAAGGCCUUCUCCAGGCCCUGGCUGCUGCAGGGCCACGUCCGGACCCACACCGGCGAGAAGCCCUUCUCCUGCCCCCACUGCAGCCGUGCCUUUGCCGACCGCUCCAACCUUCGGGCCCACCUCCAGACCCACUCGGAUGUCAAGAAAUACCAGUGCAAGACAUGCUCCAGAACCUUCUCCCGAAUGUCCCUGCUCCACAAGCACCAAGAGUCGGGCUGCUCAGGGGGGCCGCGCUGACUCUCAAGGCUCCUUCUGCCCCUCUGGGCCCUCCCUGCAGCCCGGGGUGGCCUCCCCCGGCUCCAGAAGGAAGUACCCUGCCUCCUGGUCACUGCCACAGCAUCCCCUCCUGAGCUCCA